GAACCUCAGCUAACGAUGUCAGGGUUAAAAAAGAGAAACUCCAACUCCUCGGCGGACAGGGAGGAGGACAAGCAGGUCACGGAAAGGAUGCUCGAGAAGGGGGACCAGGGCGGAGCACCGGGAGGAGACCCCAACAACGGCCGCGGCGGGAGGAGAGGAGGAGGAGGAGGAGAAGGGAUCGUUCUGAAGAAGACCAUCACCCUGUUGAACGGCGUGGCCAUCAUCGUGGGCACCAUCAUCGGCUCGGGCAUCUUCGUCACACCGACCGGCGUGGUGAAGGAAGCCGGCUCCGUGGGUCUGUCCCUUGUGGUGUGGUCGGUGUGCGGGGUCUUCUCCACGGUGGGAGCCCUCUGCUACGCGGAGCUGGGGACCACCAUCACCAAGUCCGGCGGGGACUACGCCUACAUCCUGGAGGUGUACGGCCCCCUGCUGGCUUUCCUCAAGCUCUGGAUCGAGCUGCUCAUCAUCCGGCCGUCCUCGCAGUACAUCGUCGCCUACGUUUUCGCCACCUACCUCCUCAAGCCCCUGUUCCCCGUGUGCCCGGUGCCGGAAGAAGGGGCCAAACUCGUGGCCUGCCUCUGCAUCCUCUUGUUGACCUUUGUGAACUGCUACAGUGUGAAGGCUGCCACCAGAGUGCAGGACAUCUUUGCCGCGGCCAAGCUCCUGGCUCUUGGGAUGAUCAUCAUCAUCGGCUUCGUCAAAAUCGGCCAAGGUGGUGUGGAUCGUCUUCUUCCAGAAAAUUCCUUCGAAGGGUCCAAAUAUGAGUUUGGCAGCAUUGGCCUGGCGAUCUACAGCGGCCUGUUUGCUUACGGGGGCUGGAACUACUUGAAUUUGGUCACUGAGGAGAUGAUUGAGCCUUUCAAAAACCUUCCCCGCGCCAUCAUCAUCUCUCUGCCUAUAGUGACAGUAGUGUACGUUCUGACCAACCUGGCCUACUUCACCACCCUCUCCCCCGAGCAGAUGCUCAUCUCAGAGGCUGUGGCCGUGGAUUUCGGUAACGCCCACCUGGGUCCCAUGGCGUGGAUCAUCCCCGUGUUUGUGGGCCUGUCCUGCUUCGGAUCCGUCAACGGCUCUCUGUUCACAUCAUCCAGGUUGUUCUUCGUGGGUUCCCGAGAAGGUCACCUGCCCAGUCUGCUGUCAAUGAUCCACCCCACCCUGCUGACCCCGCUGCCCUCACUUAUAUUCACUUGCUUGAUGACGCUGCUCUACGCCUUCUCCAACGACAUCUUCUCCGUCAUAAACUUCUUCAGCUUCUUCAACUGGCUCUGCAUCGGCUUGGCAAUCGUCGGGAUGAUGUGGCUCCGCUAUAAGAAGCCAGAGCUGGAGCGACCGAUCAAGGUGAAUAUUCUGCUGCCGGUGAGCUUCGUGCUCGCCUGCCUCUUCCUCAUCGUCGUCUCCAUCUGGAAGACCCCAAAAGAGUGCGCGGUCGGCUUCGGCAUCAUCGCGACAGGAAUUCCCGUCUACUUUAUCGGCGUGCGGUGGCAGAGCAAACCCAAGUGGAUGCUGAACGGAAUCUUUUCGACCACGGCCAUGUGUCAGAAAGUGAUGGAGGUGGUGCCGCAGGCGACCUAAGAGGCCUUUACAGCCAAUCGAGCUGCACCAACAGUGACCUCUGGGCUCUGACAUCACAGCUGAUGAAGCUUGACCUCCGUUGACCCCUUUCACCCCUCUUCUCUCUCACACACAUCCUGUCAGCCAGCUGCUGAUAAGGACCUGAUGAAGACAGAAACAUGCAGGCGCCUGAAGCCUUCAACCUCUUUUUCUUUUCUUUUCUUUUCUUUUGGACUAUUUUAGUCACUAACUAUUCUUUGUAGCUCGUAAUGGGUUCUUUUUUAAUGAUGCAUUUCAAUGAACUGUUGUUUUUAUUUUAAUGUUGUUUUUUUGGGUCGUGAAUAAGUUCAUGUAAAAUAUCAUCCCUCAUUGAAGACUUGUUGUAUUUAGCAAGUUGUGCCUUAGGUGGCAAAUGUAUGAAGGUGAAACUGUCGACUGCGGCAGUAGUUGUCAUUAGUAGUGGUAGUGUCCGAGGCAAAAAAAGCUGUGUGUCUCAAUUCUAAAAGUUUUUUAUUAUUAUUCUGCAAGCAUCCGCUUUUAAUCUCCUGGUAACCAACUUUUCCUUUUUAAGCAAAAAGUUGGAAAUUACCAACAUCAGUUUUGUCAGAUAUUCAUGAAGAAUUGGAAACCUUUGGUCCCGCAGUCUUUCCAAUUCUUAAGCAGUUUUAGUGUGAAGUCUUGUGUUGUCUGUCGUUGCCCGUGGGUCGGUCGCUUUACUGCCCGUUACCACUCUGCGUCUUGUCUGUUCAGUCUGUGUUGUUUUUGUCUCCCAGUGAGGUUUUAAAGUCGACUAUGCUGCUGUAGGAGGAGGGUGAAGUUGAUUGAAGACUUUGGUGUGUUAGAGAUGUUUAUUUGUUUUCUCAUUUUACAGCUAACUGAAUUCCACAGAGAAGGAACUACAGAUAGGAGUUAAAAUGUUCUGUUCGGCCAUGUUUUAUCUUCAAAGCCUGCUUGCUUUACAUGUUUAAAGCAUUGCAGACCGGUUACCUGUUGUCUCUUCUGAGGAUUCCUGGGGUUUGGAGUUUAAAUUAGCUCUUUAAAUUAUCAUGUGGUCAUUGUGACAGAGGUGAAAACACCAGUAGGGGUAAAUUGUAUGAAGACCAUUUCUGAAAAGUGGGUCCAAAUUCACAGUAUGUGCUAUUUUCCUGCUGUGUGAUUUUAUUUUCUGGGUCAGCGAUCUCAUUCUCAAGAUCUCAAUAUCUCUCAGCGUGCUGAGCCCUGCUCGCCGAGCUUCGUUAAAACGUCAUCACACUGUGAGACGAUGUUUCUGACAACACACUGUAAUAAGGCCACGAUGGAGCAGAGACUCAGACAGAGACCUGAUGCUCUUUGCAAGUACAGAAGGACUACAUUUUUAGAUCACAGUUUUUAUUUUUCAUCCGUUACUAUGAGUUAGUGCUGAUUUAUUAACGUCGACCCUAUUCCUGGCAACGGAGAUGGCACCGCUGUUUCACAGUGUGACAGCGGUAGUAGUUUCCAUGGAGACACUGGCGGUGGAUGCGGGAGGGGUCAAUGUGUAUGUUUUAGAGGUAGAACCUUUCUAACACUCCAGCCAUCGUACAAAGCAGAUGGGUGAACUAACCCGAAUAGGACUGUAGAAAGUUUAUUUAUUUAUUUUUAGGUUGUUUAUUAUUAUUAGACCCUCUAAUUUGUUUACAGGGGAAUUUUAUGUAAAGUGCUUUAAAAAUAAAUUUUUAGGUUUUUCCACUAUUGUGUUUUGUAGGUUCUCAUUUGUUCUCUUUUUCUUGUUUUUCAAAUGUGGCUAACUACCAACUAAAAUGAUC